AUGGUUAACCACGCCGGUUCAUCAGUUUCCAGCAAUGCCCUGUUCGCUGGUGUCGUCGCCUUGGCCAGUGUCGUCGUCUACUGGUACAUGUCCACAACAGAGGAGCAGCGGGCCGAACAGGCCGCCCAGCUGAAGGACAAGGCUAACGAAGUUGCCGCCCAGGCAACCGCUGCCAAGGACGAGGCCAUCAAGGAGGCCAAGGAGCUCGGCGAAGAGGCCCAGCAGAAGAUGUCCGAGGCUUCGGAGAAGGCCAAGCAAAAGGCCAGCGAGGUCGCCGAUCAAGCCCGCGAGCUCGCCGCCGAGGGUCUCGAUAAGGUCGACCAAGGUAUCGACGCCGCCAAGGAUGGUCUCCAGAAGGCCAAGGAGAACCUUGAAGUGACUGCUGAGAACGCUAAGAAGGGCGCUGAAAAGAUGGCUGGAGAUGUGAAGGAGGGUGCCGAGAAGGCUAAGGACAACAUCAAGGCCGCUGCUAAGGAUGCCAAAAAGGCAGCCAAACACACCGCCGAGAGUGCCAGGAAGGGUGCCGAGAAGGUCGCUGACGAUGUCAAGGACGGUGCCGAAAAGGUCAAGGGUAACUUCAAGGCUGCCGCAAAGGACGCUAAGAAGGGUGCUGAGAAAGUUGCUGAUGAUGUUAAGGAUGGCGCUGAGAAGGCUAAGAAGCACACCAAGGAUGCUGCUAAGGAUGUCAAGAAGAGCGCUGAGGAUGCUGCUCAUGACGUCAAGCACGAUGCUGAGAAGGCGAAGAAGCACGCUAAGGAUGCCGCACAUGACACGAAGAAGGGAGCCGAGGAUGCCGGCAAGCAUGUCAAGAAGCAAGCCGACGAGGGUGUCAAACACUCGAAGGAGGCCGUUAAGGAUGCCGCUGAUGAAACUACCGAUGACUUUGAGGAUGCCACCGACGAUUUUGAGGAUGCCCGCGAGCACGUCAAGGGCGAGGCGAAGAAGGCUAAGAAGGGAGCUGAGCAUGCUGCCCAUGAUGUUAAGAACGCCGCUAAGGAUGCCCACCACGAUGUUAAGCAUGCCGCGAAGGAUACCCACAAGGAUGUCCACAAGAACAACAACGGUAGCCAGCAUCACACCAAUAACCUCAAGACUUUCGCCAACCGCGGUGCCCAAGCCGAGCACAACUCGGACGACAACCAUACCAACGUCCCCCAGUCUGACAGCGGCAACCGUAGCAAGGCUUCCCAGGCCAUGGACAAGUUGGAGGACCCCUCCCACCAUGUCAUCGAUGUUGAGCACUCCGAGUUAAGGGUCGAAGCUCCCGAGUUCCACCCCAAGCACGUCGUCGCUUAA